CGCGGAUCCGACUGCAAUGACAGCCAUUUUUUGAGCCGAUGAUGCUUCUAGCUCCACGGCCCAUCGCCGCCCUUCAGCGCAUCGUCACCACUUUAUCACCACCCGUGGAGAAUGAACACGCCCGCCUUUCUGCGCCCUUACGACCCUCAUAGUACGCCUCGUAUCGACCCGAGGUAACACGGCCAUCCACAGCACCCAGCUGCAACGAUGGCAAUGGCCACCCAGCGGGCCGAGGAUGUGGACGUCAUCCAAAGUGCCGAAGAGGUGUCGCUCUCCCAGAAGAUGCUCUCGGCCGUGUCUGGGAGUAUUCUGACAUCGCUGCUCGUCACGCCCCUCGAUGUAGUCCGCGUCCGUCUACAAUCACAAGAAACAACAGUAAAAGCUUCCUCACAUUCACCUCGUGGCUUCAAUGGCUCCACGCUCACACAGUUCCGCGACAUGCCACCAAACAUCGGCAUAUCAGCAUGCUGCAGGGAGGUGUUCUGGAUGAACAACAAGGCACCCUUCUGCGUCGCCGGACCGACGAUGGCUUCCAUAAAUCCAGCCGAUUUGAAUUGCGCCGUGGAAGAGGUGGAGCGGAGAACCAUCAACAGCACCUGGGACGGACUGCGAAAGAUUGCCCAGAACGAAGGCCCAAGAACAUUAUGGCGAGGACUGUCACCCACACUGGUCAUGGCAGUACCGGCCAACGUCAUCUACUUUGCAGGCUACGACUGGCUACGCACAGCACAAGCCUCGCCCUUCCGCAAGAUCGUGUCAGACGCAUACAUUCCCUUGGUAGCAGGUGCAACCGCACGCACAAUGGCUGCCAUCACCGUGAGCCCCAUCGAAAUGUUCAGGACCAGGAUGCAGGCAGCAAACCACACGGCCACUGCUGCAGGACACUUCCGUGAGACGAUGGACGGCCUGAAAGAGAUGGUGGGCUCACAGGGUAUCCUGAGUCUGUGGCGUGGUCUCACACUAACACUCUGGCGUGACGUACCCUUCUCUGCUAUCUAUUGGUGGGGCUAUGAAGCUACACGGAAUGCUCUCACCGACGCGCGAGGCCGAGCCGAGGCCAGGAACGAUGGGUUCGAGUUUCGCAUGGGCCGCGGCGAGGAGAAGAUCCAGCGACGCAGCCGGUCAAGAAGCCGAGAGAAUCCAACAGACACCAUCGUUGACAGUUUCCUUGCUGGCGCUGCCUCAGGUGGUGUUGCAGCCUUCGUCACUACACCAUUCGAUGUUGGCAAGACACGACAGCAGAUUGUACGACACGCAGGCAAGGCAGCCAAAGAUGCCGCGGAUACAAUGCGCCCAGAGGACCAGUCAAUGCCCCGUUUCCUCAUGCACAUUUACAAAGAGCAGGGCAUGUCUGGACUGUUCAAAGGAUGGGCCGCUAGAUCACUAAAAAUCGCUCCCGCAUGUGCGAUCAUGAUCAGCUGCUACGAGCUGGGCAAGAAAGUCUUCAACGACGUCAACGAACGCAAGCACCUCGAGAGGACACAAGAUCGAUAGGAUAGUACAUACGGCAGGAGACCUUUACACACAUCUUAGAUUCGGCGCAUACCCCUCUUUGGGACCUGGAGAUUGGUUCGACACAUUUUGCAUUGCAGUAGCAUGGCAUGUCACGGCGUUAUUGGCGAGUUUGGGCAAAGAGCGGCCUACGACGAUGUAUUGAUACCAGCGCGUUUGUAUAUACUGGCGCAUGUAUUAUAGCGAUGAAACGCAUCGCACAUAAUUGAUGUACCUAUAUUUUCCACCCG